CGGCCCUGUUAUUAUAGUCCUCGUUCUCUCUUCGACUUUACCCAGUAGAAAUUUCAAUAAUAGAAUCCUCAUAACACCGCCGGCCAUCGUCUUCAUCACCAUCCCUCCCUGUUUCUCUUCUCCUAGAGAUUUCUAGCAGAAGAGAGGGAGAGAAAUCCAAAAAAAAAAUAAAAAAAAAAAUUAAUAAUUAUUAAGAAGAAUAAAAUCCGAAAUGGGUCCGGAAGGUUAUGCCCUCUAUCUCCUUCUCAUCUUGGCCAUCUUCUCGACCCAGAUUCACUCCUUCCGUUUCAAUGUUGAAUCCGGCAGUACCAAAUGCAUAUCUGAAGAUAUUAAGGGCGGCGCCAUGACCGUCGGCAAGUACCACGCAAUCAACCCCCACGAAGGCCACCCUUUACCCGACACUCACACUUUCAUCAUUCAGGUGACAUCUACCUAUGGAAAUAGUUAUCACUAUGCCUCCUAUGUGUCCGAAGGGACCUUUGCUUUUCAGACUGCAGAAUCCGGGGACUACACGGCUUGCUUCUAUGCUGCUGAUAACAGUCCCCCGAUUACAUUUCCUAUUGAAUUGGAGUGGAAGUCUGGUGUACUUACUAAGGAUAUGGCUAGUGUUGUAAAGAAAGACUCUGUUGAAGCUAUGGAAUCACAACUCAGGAAUAUGUAUCUAACUGUUUUCGACAUCCAAAGUGAGAUGCAAUAUCUUCGUGAAAGAGAAGAAGAAAUGCAGGAACUUAACCGAUCUACCAACUCGAGCAUGGGUUGGCUGAGUGGCGUGUCGAUUAUUGUAGUCCUCUCUGUGGCAGGAAUGCAGUAUUGGCAUCUGAAAACCUAUUUCCAGAAGAAGAAGCUCAUCUAAUUCACUUCUUUCUCUGAGAAUACCCCAAUAGCCUGUCUUUGCUAAUGUACAGUAUUUACAUCAAUCGAUAGAGGAAAACCACACAUUUUAGGAUCCAUUUCAAUUACAGAUUUUAAUAUAGCUUCAAUGUUUUCAGUGUCUA